AUGAGUAGACCUGUCUCGCCGGUCCACGGAUCAGUAGCGGAAACGGAGAAAGCCAAUGAAGGCAUCCAGGUCGUUGUCGACAAAGCCUUCCCAGAACAGACUUAUGAUGGAAGCAAGCAGAACGAGUCCCGAUUUCUCGAGCCUCCACAGUACAGAGUACCUCAUAGACCAUUAUCUCCAGACACCUUGUCCAAUCUUUCUGCAGAAGAAUUCGACCAGCUCGGUCCACGAAACGAUGAGCCGUUUGUUUGGCAAGAUGGAGGACACCAAGCACUGACACUCAAACCAACUUGGACCGCCAAAUGGCAAGCUAAGCUCCAUGCUAGUUGGAUACGCAAUGCUGGACUCUUCUAUAUGUUGCUUGCUCAGGUAUUUGGCGUGAUGAUGAAUGUCACCACCCGUUUACUGGAGAUAGAAGGUAACAAGGGCAAAGGACUGCAUCCAUUCCAACCAAAGAUUCUGUUCGCUCGCAUGUCUAUUACAGUGGUACUCUCGUCUCUCUACAUGUGGUAUUCCAGGACUCCACACUUUCCAUUGGGGCAUCGAGAGGUCAGGUGGCUCUUGGUAGCAAGAGGGCUGGGUGGCUUUUGGGGAGUGUUCGGAAUGUACUACUCGCUCAUAUAUCUGCCGCUGGCCGAUGCCACAGUCAUUACUUUUCUGGCACCCAGUCUCACCUGCUGGGUUUGCUCAUUGUUGCUCAAAGAACCUUUCACUAAGAUUGACAAGAUAGGAAGUCUUGUGUCUUUGGUGGGCGUGGUCUUCAUCGCCAGACCGACAUCACUCUUUUUCUCUUCUGCGGAAGCGCCUCCAGCCAAUGGAGGCACUGAGGUGGUUGGAUCUAAUAGCACAGUAACCACACCAGAUGCAUCCAAUUAUGAUAACGUCACACCAGCUGAGCGAUUGGCGGCAGUUGGUAUCGCACUCGUGGGUGUCGGCGGUUCAGUGAUUGCAUAUACGACGAUCCGCUGGAUCGGAAAGAGAGCACAUCCGUUGAUCAGUGUCAACUACUUUGCUACAUGGUGCACAAUUGUCAGCAUUGUAGCCCAACUGACGCUUCCUGGUAUCGGUUUCCUGCUUCCUGCCGACGCAAAGGAGUGGGGAUAUCUGAUUUUCCUUGGUACAUGUGGAUUUAUUAUGCAAUUCCUUCUAGCAGCGGGACUGAGUUAUGAGAAAUCGUCGCGAGCAACCAAUAUGGCAUACACUUCAAUGCUCUUUGCAUUGGGAUUUGAUAGAUUCAUCUUCGGACAGACACCAGGUAUCACGUCAAUAAUUGGGUCGACAUUGAUUCUUGGGUCAGCAAUAUAUAUGGCCAUGCAGAAAGACAAAGGCGACAGUCGGAAAAAUGAGACUACAGGAGAGCUAGCGCAAAACAGAGAUGAAGAGGAGGGUUUGAUGAGAGGAGUAGAAGAAGGAGAUGAGGAAAUCUUUGACCAAGCUCAGCAGAGCAGCAUCGAAUUGGAUCAGAUGGAAACAAGACGGGAAUGA